AUGUCUUUGGAAAGUACUUCAAAAAGUAUUUUAAAUCAAAAUUAUAUUACAGGUAUCAAUGAUCGUAUUGAACCUGUAAGGGUUAAAGAAUUCUUAGAUAAAUAUGUUAUUAAUACUGAAGUUGAUGUGGAUUUACAAAAAGUUUAUAAUAUAAUAUUAAAACAUAAUAUCCCUAGUCAAUACCGUAUUUAUGUAUGGAAAUUAUGCCUUGAUAUUACAUCACAAUAUUUUGUUCAUCGUGAUGAUAUAAAAAACACUCGACGCUCAGAGGCAUUUGCUGCAUUAAAAACAACUAAAGGAUUUCUUUGUAACGAACCAAUAUUUAAUACACUUGGUGAUACAAUUGAAGAUAAAUCAUUUGUUACUGAUAUUGAUGCUGUAAAUAGAGUAGAAAAAUUUGUUUUCUACAUGGUUUUUUAUUGUAGAACUGCCAGUAAAAGAACAAAAAAUAAUGUUGAAUAUCAAUUAUCAUUGAAAGCUUUAAGAUCAGAGUAUUGGAUAGAUGCUUAUUGGCUAACAAAAAGAAUGGAUCAAUUAUUAGAACAUCAUUUUCCAAUGGAAAUCGAUUCAGAGCCAUUAAAAAAUUUUUAUUUAUCUGUUAGAAAAAAGAUAACAGAGUUACAGAAAGAGUGCUUUGCGGAAAAUGCACAGGCAAAAACUUUUGUUGAUAAAGGACUAGUAUUAAUUAAUGAUACAACAUUAGUAUUAUGGUUUCGUAGUGGAGGUGCUAACUGGCUUCGCCCAUCAUCACUCUACAAACUUUGGGAUAAAAUAAUUGCUUUACAAAAAAUCGAUGUUCUUUUAGAACAAGUAUUUCUGGAAAUCUUGAGAGCUAUCUUCCGCACAUGUGUUAAUAGUUAUGAGAAUAAUCCAAAUGUAUCACCACUAAAUAUGAAUUUGUGGAUAACAGAAGAAAAAGAGCAAAAAAUUAUUUUACGUGUUGUUGAUAAUCUUUAUCAAAAUAAUUCUAUAUCCAUAAUAAAUGAAAGAACAUUCGAUUAA